UCUAUUUUUACUGUAGAUUCAGAUGCAUGGAAACACUACAGGGCACUUCAGCAUUCAGUUUUCAAAACAAAAUGCUUCGAGAAGUUUUGGGAGAAGAUUGUUCGAGAGAAGGUGGAGAGUUGUUUGAUUCCUCUUCUUGAUCAAGUCGAGAAGCGAGGAGUUGAAUUGGAUCUGCAAGACGUGUUUGGUCGCUUCAACUUUGACGCUGUCUGCUCUAUAGUCUUAGGAUUUGAUCCAAAAGCCUCACACUAGAUUUCCAAGAAGUUGCAUGCAUGAGAGCCUUUGAUGAAGUGGAAGAGUUCACAUUUUACAGACACACAAUACCUAAAAGCGUGUGGAAGCUUCAGAGAUGGCUUGGAAUCGGACCAGAGAUGAAGAUGGCCCGAGCAUGUGAAGUGUUUGAUCGAUUCCUCUAUGAAAGUAUAGCAUCAAAGAGAGAAAAGCUACGAAAAAUCAACGGAAAUGAGAAGGAAGCCGAUGAUUUGCUAGCAUGUUUGAUGAGGGGGGACGAAGGAAAAGAUGAAGCGGAUGACAAGCUUCUGAGAUACACCGCUUUUAGUCUUCUUUUCGCAGGUGGAGAUACCAUAACUUCAGCUCUCACGUGGUUCUUUUGGCUUGUUGCUACACACCCUUCAGUAGAAGCAAAGAUUCAUGAAGAGAUCAAAGAAGAAAAGGAAGUGAAAGAUGAAGUAUAUCUCCAUGCUGAUUUGUGUGAAGGUGUGAAGAAAUAUGGGGAAAAGAUUGCUUGGAAUUCAAACCAGAAAGAUGGAUCUCAAAGAGAGGAGGUAUUAUUCACAUGCCAUCAUACAAAUUUAGUACUUUCAUUGCAGGCCCUAGAACAUGCUUGGGUAAGGACUUGUCUUUCAUUCAAAUGAAGAUUAUGGCUUCUGCUAUCUUGUGUAACUAUCAAGUUCAUGUGGUGGAAGAUCAUCCUGUUUCUCCCACACUUUCAAUGGUGCUUCAAAUGAGAUAUGGUCUCAAGAUUCGGAUC